AUGCCCCCUUCGGCGUGCAAAAGCGCGCUACUUCUGCUGUCGCUCGGCCUUGCCAGCUUCGGCGCUGCCGCCCAGGACAGCCAGAUCGUCUUGUCGCUCAACGCCAACUCGCUGCACAAGGUCGACCCGGCCAUCCUCGCCGCGCUCAAGGCACACAAGGACCCCGUCGACGCCUACGUCGCACUGCACCCCGAGGAGGCCGAGAAGCUCGCCGAGAAGCGCCUGCUGCGCAUCGCCGGCGAGAAGGAGCCGCGGUGGAUGACUGAGGGCGACAAGAUGAGGCUCCGCCGCAAGGGCCGCAAGUUCGCCGACAUCACCGACUACGAGCAAUUCUACAAGCAGAAUGCUCUGUCCACCCAGUCUGGCAAAGCUCACCUCCCCAAGCUUACCCAGCAGAGACUCGUCAGGCCUCUGUUUCCCCAGGUCUCCAAGGACAACAUGGAGUUUGUCCUGAAGCACAUGACCAGCUUCUACACCCGCUAUUUCGGAAGCGUCACCGGCGAGCAGAGCGCCCUCUGGCUCCGUGACCACAUCGCCGAUAUCAUCAAGGAGGCGCCUUUCCACACACACAUCUCGCUUGACGUGUUCCCCCAUGCGUUCCCGCAGCCCUCCAUCAUCGCCCGCUUCGAGCCCAAGGUCGCCAACUUUUCCGCGCCCGUCACCAUCCUCGGUGCCCACCAGGACUCCAUGAACUACCUCUUCCCGCUGCUCCCCGCGCCCGGCGCCGACGACGACUGCUCGGGCACCGUCAGCAUCCUGGAGGCCUUCCGCGUCCUCGUCCACAACGGCUACGUCCCCCGCAACGGGCCUGUUGAGUUCCACUGGUACGCCGCCGAGGAGGGCGGUCUUCUUGGCAGCCAGGCUAUCGCCAAGUACAAGAAGGAAUCUGGCGUGACCAUCGGCGCCAUGCUGGAAUUUGACAUGACGGCGUUUGUUGCCAAGAAUGCCACUGAGUCCAUUGGCAUUAUCGAGACUUCUGCUGACAAGCCUCUGACCAACUGGGUUCUUGGCCUCGCCCAGGAGUACAGCGAGAUCGAGUCUGCUGUCUACAAAUUGCAAGAGGGCGCCGGCUCGGAUUACAUGUCCUUCACCAACGUCGGUUUCCCUGCCGCGUUCGCCUCCGAAGGCGACCCCAUCAGCGGAGAGUUUGACCCCUACAUCCACGGCAUUCACGACACCAUGGAUGUCGACGACGAGAGCGGCAGGUUCUCUCUAGACCACAUGGCGCGCUUCUCGGAGCUGGCGCUCGCCUUUGUCGUCGAGCAGGCCGGGUGGAACAAUGACUGGAGGUAA